AUGGCACCAAAAAAGAAGAAUGUCAAGAAAAACAAGUCUGAGAUCAAUGAGAUGACCAUUAUCGUAGAGGACAGCCCUCUUAGCAAGCUAAAUGGUAUCAGUGGCCUCAUUGAUGGGGGAAAUGGUUUCAGCUAUAUCUCCACAGAGGUUUCCGACUCCUCAUAUGGCACCAACCUCAUGGAAGGCCUUAGCAGAAUGAGACAGGAUAACUUCUUGUGUGACCUUACGAUUGGUACCAAAACAAAAUCUUUUACGGUCCAUAAAGCUAUCAUGGCUUCUUGCAGUGAAUACUUCUACAAUAUACUAAAGAAGGACCCCUCCACUCAGCGGGUUGACUUAAAUGAUGUGUCUCCUUUAGGUUUAGCAACAGUCAUAACCUAUGCCUACACUGGUAAAAUCACACUCUCUUUGUACACAAUAGGUAGCACCAUAUCUUCAGCUAUCUACCUUCAAAUCAGCACUCUUGUCAACAUGUGCUGUGACUUUUUAAUGCAAGAAAUCAAUGUUGAAAACUGCAUGUAUGUUGCUAAUAUUGCCGAAACCUAUGGACUUAAAAGCACAAAGGAUGCAGCACAAAAGUUCAUUCGAGACAACUUCAUUGAGUUUUCAGAAACAGAUCAGUUCAUGAAGUUAACGUUCGAUCAGAUAAAUGAACUUCUUAUUGAUGAUGAUUUGCAGUUACCCUCUGAGAUUGUUGCCUUCCAGAUUGCAAUGAAAUGGUUGGAUUAUGAUGAAAAAAGAAUUAAGUAUGCUCUGGCCUUUUGAGCAAUAUUCGAUUUGGCACUAUUUCAGCUCAAGAUCUUGUCAACUAUGUCCAGUCUGUGCCCAGAAUGAUGCAGGAUUCUGAGUGUCACAGACUUCUUGUUGAAGCUAUGAAUUAUCAUCUGCUUCCAUAUCAUCAGAACACCUUACAGUCCAGAAGAACAAAAAUACGUGGGGGUUCAAGGGUCCUCGUAACAGUUGGGGGCCGACCUGCUUUAACAGAAAAAUCUCUCAGUAGAGAGAUUCUGUACAGGGAUCCUGAAAGUGGAUGGAAAAGACUUGCUGAACUGCCAGCUAAGAGCUUUAACCAGUGUGUGACAGUGAUGGAUGGCUUCCUUUAUAUUGCGGGAGGUGAAGACCAAAAUGAUGCCAGGAAUCAAGCAAAGCAUGCAGUUAGCAAUUUUUGCAGAUAUGACCCACGUUUUAACACCUGGAUUCAUCUUGCCAACAUGAAUCAGAAACGCACCCACUUUAGCUUAAAUGUUUUCAAUGGCCUGCUUUAUGCAAUAGGUGGCCGCAAUUCUGAAGGGUGCCUUGCAUCAGUUGAGUGUUAUGUGCCUUCAACUAACCAGUGGCAACUGAAGUCCCCACUGGAGGUUGCCAGAUGCUGCCAUUCCAGUUCAGUCAUUGAUGGUAAAAUCUUGGUUGUUGGUGGAUACAUAAAUAAUGCAUACUCCCGCUCUGUGUGCAUGUAUGACCCAUCUACUGACAGCUGGCAAGAUAAAGCAAGCCUCAGUACACCCAGAGGUUGGCAAUGCUCUGUUACACUUGUUGACAGAGUGUAUGUGAUGGGUGGCAGUCAACUUGGUGGUCGUGGUGAAAGGGUUGAUGUCCUCCCUGUUGAAUGCUUUAACCCUCACACUGGCCAGUGGAGCUACGUUGCUCCUCUUCAGAAUGGAGUGAGCACAGCAGGUGCUUCAACACUCAAUGGCAAAAUCUACCUGGCUGGUGGCUGGAAUGAAGUAGAAAAGAAAUACAAGAAGUGCAUCCAGUGCUACAACCCUGAUCUUAAUGAAUGGACUGAGGAAGAUGAAUUGCCUGAAGCAACUGUAGGGGUGUCCUGUUGUACUAUUAACAUGCCCAAUUUUAAAACACGGGAAUCUAGGGCAAGUUCAGUUUCAUCAGUACCAGUUAGUAUAUAA